AUGCUGGUGGGGGUGACUUGGCGGCGCGGGCUGCCCGUGCCGCGACGGGGCUGCUGCUGGUCGUGUCGCUGGACAUCGACGUCGGCGGCGACACCGGUGCUCCGCUUCGCACCCUCGCCGACGGGCCAGCUGCACCUGGGCGGCCUGCGCACGGCGCUCUUCAACCACCUCUUUGCGCGCCGCUUCGGCGGCCGCUGGAUCCUCCGCAUCGAGGACACCGACCAGUCCCGGCUCGUGCCCGGCGCCGUCGAGGCCAUGCAGGACGUCCUUCGCUGGGCCGGGCUCGACUACGACGAGGGGCCCGAUCGCCCCGCUGCGGGUCGACAGGCGGGCAGCUACGUGCAGUCGGCCCGGCUGGCGACCUACCGCGCCCACGCCCAGCGGCUCCUCGACGCCGGCCGGGCCUACCGCGACUUUCGGCCACCAAAGGCCGUGCCCGACGAUGUCGCCACGCGGCGUGCCCGUGUGGCCAGCGAGCGCUACCUGCCGCCCGACGAGGCCGAGGCACGCCGGCUCAUCGAUGCGGGCCACGAGCACGUGGUGCGCCUGGUGGUGAGUAAGGGGCGGCCCAAGCGCGAGACACGGGCCCGCGACCUCGUCUACGGCGACGUGGCCUUUCCCUACGACGAGCUGCUCGACGACCCGGUCCUCGUCAAGAGCGACGGCUGGCCCACCUACCACCUCGCCAACGUCGUCGACGAUGCCGAGAUGGGCGUCACGCACGUGCUGCGCGGCGAGGAGUGGCUGCCCUCGCUCCCGCUCCACCUGGCCCUGUACGAGGCGCUGGAGUGGGCGCCGCCGCGCUUUGCCCACCUGCCGCUGCUCGUCAACCCCGACGGGAGCAAGCUGUCGAAGCGCCAUGCCGAUGUCCACGUCGAGUCCUACCGUGCCCGCGGCAUCGAGCCCGAGGCGCUGGUCAACUUUGUCGGCCUCAUGGGCUUCAACUGGCACGGCCUGGGCGAUGGCAAUGGCGGCGAUCGCGACGGCGAGGGCGAUGGCAGCGAAGUCUUUUCCAUGGCCGACAUGAUCGACGGUUUCUCCCUCGACCGCAUCACCCACUCGCGCGCGGCACCCAACAUGGGCAAGCUCGACUUCCUCAACCGCCAGCACCUCGCCGCCAAGCUGGCCCACGCGCCCGCGAGGCAGCACACCCUCGAGCGGCUCCGCGCCAUGCUGGCCCAGCGCUGGCCUGCUGCGGCGUCGAGCGCAGGCAAUCCCAGCGCGGGCGUGGCGCUCGACGACGCCAGCCCCCGGGCAGACAGCCUCGCCGCGCUCGUCGACGCCGCGGCCGUGUUUCUCGAGGCGCCCGACUGGACCUCGGCCGAGGCACGCGCCGUCGUCGACGCCCUCGGACGCGACGAGGUCGUCCUUGUGCUUUCCCGCUGCGUCGAGGCGCUGCGGCAAGGCGACGAGUCUCGGGAUGCCAUCGAGGCCUCGCUGAAGCAGGUGGCAGACGCUCUUCAGCAAGAGGGAAGUGAGGAGAGUGGCACAGACAAGAAGAAAAAAAGAAAGCAGAAGGGCAAGGCGAGGCUCAUGCGGCCCCUCCGCCUCGCCCUCAUGGGCGGCCACCCCGGCCCGACAGUCGUCGAGGCCAUCUCCGUGCUGGGCAGGCACGCCUCGGCCGCACGCAUCGACGCAUGCCUGGCUGCGCUCCAGCCCUGAAAGGAAGGCUAUAGAAUCUCCUCG